GUUUGAAGGCACACCUGGCCCUGUACCUGCGCACACACACACUUCCUGUCCAAACGUCACUACCUGCAAGUUUGUUUUCGAAACUGCGUCGUCAGUGGAAUCAAACUACCUGUAGGAAUAUCCCAUGGACUCAUUAUGGCAUAACUUAAGCUAUAUCACUUCCAAGACAGGGCAGUCUUUUCGAUAGUGAACCCUGUUUAGGAUAAAACAGGUAAUUUCCCCAUAUCAGCUUCUUAGUGCUUUGUUUUAUUGCCCACUUCCGGAAAAGCCUCUCAGAAAUGUAAGAUGAGGAGACAAAGAAGGCAGAUGUCUCUUCCUUCUCUGGAGUGAACGCUCAUCUCGACAGAUUUUGUGCCUGACCAAGCUUAGAGUUAGAGCGGAGAUUUAAGGACGCAUCUCCAAUCUAGAGCGAGAAAGAGCUUGCUGGACCAUGGCGGAGCAGAAGGCACUGGCAUCACCGGGUAAUUUGACCUGGUCACAUGUGUGCAAAGAGUGUGGGCAGUGCCAUGAGAGCCAAGAUUGUCACGUAUAUGAGUACCAGGAUGAGGUGGAUGAUGAGUUGGUGUGCCACAUAUGUCUACAGCCACUGCUUCAGCCUGUGGACACACCGUGCGGACAUACAUACUGCCUGCAGUGCCUGAGCAGCUUCUUGCGUGAACAGGACUUCUGCCCCGUGGACCGGCAGCGAGUGGCUUUACAACAGUGUCGGUCUGCCAGCCUGCUGGUGCGCAACCUGCUCGAUAAGCUCACCGUGCUGUGCCCUUUCCACAAUGAGUGCCAGCAGAGCAUGCAACGCUGUGAGCUACAGCCUCAUCUACACAACAGAUGCCCUGCAUUCAGACGGCUCAGGGAAGAAGCUGAGAAGAGGAAAAGACCCUCCUGGAAUGAGUCGAAGGGAAGCAAGACAGAGGAAGAAUCAGACACCAAAUCCAACCCAGCACCCACACGUACAACUAAUACUCGUGGCCCCCCGGAGCCUGGAAUGGUCAACCCUGCCUUUGAGGAGGCAGACGAUGGAGCUACCCUCAGGUCCAGUCUUGUUGCAGAAGCAAACAUUGUCGAGCUUCUUCGUGAAGAACCAGGGGAAGAUUUGGGUUUGCGAAUAGUUGGAGGGAAGGACACACCUUUGGGGAAUAUUGUCAUUCAAGAGAUUGUGCGUGACUCAGUAGCUUCCCAUGAUGCCAAACUCACCCCAGGGGAUCACAUUCUAGAGGCGAACGAUGUGAGCCUUGCUUCUGUUCCUCAUGCACAAGCCAUCGCUGUGCUGCGGAGGCCAUGUUCUGUUCUCAGGCUUACUGUUAUGCAAGAGAAGGGCUUCAAGCCAAGGCCUGAGCACCACAUGCAGCCUUCCACCUCUCCUGUGGUUCAACCAUCACACAAUCCAGGCACGGUGAUCCAGGUGGCGCUAGUAAAACGCGAGCGCUCCGAGCCCCUAGGCAUCAAGCUUAUCCGCAAAUCAGAUGAACCAGGCGUCUUCAUUCUUGACCUGUUGCCAGGAGGCCUGGCUGCAAAAGAUGGCAAACUGCGCAACAAUGACAAAGUGCUGGCCAUCAAUGGCCAUGAUUUGAGACAUGGUACACCAGAGAGCGCUGCUCAGAUCAUCCAGGCAAGUGAAGUACGAGUGAAUUUUGUGGUGAUGAGGCAGCCAGAAUCCACUGAAGAAGGAAGCGAGCUGCAGAGCAGAGGAGCCAGGAGAGGUGCCGAGACCCAGUAUUUCAGACGGUGCUCUACUUUCAUGAAGGAUCCUCCUGGUGGAUUCUCCAGUCAGGAAAAGACUGUGAGUGUGAAGAAGGAGCCACGGCAUUCACUAGGCAUCACAAUCGGUGGUGGGAGAGAUGGCCGCAGUCGUCUGCCUGUGUACAUUACCAGCGUGCAGCCAGUUGGCUGCCUGCACAGAGAUGGAACCAUCAAACCAGGUGAUGUGUUGCUGAGCAUCAAUGCCAUUGACCUGACCCAGCUGACUUAUAAUGAAGCCGUGUCUGUGCUGAAGACACAGGCAGCACAGAGCUCUGUGACGCUACGCGUCACCCGCACAAUUACAGACGAGGAAGAACAGGAUGCAGAGGCAGCAAAUCAAGAAGAAAUGGACACAGUAGAAAACCCCAGAGAGGGUGAUACCAGCUGGUCCCCUCUAUGGACGCACUGGCUGGGCCUACCCAGCCACAUGCACUGGUGUCAUGACAUUGUGCUGUUAAAAACUAACAACGAGAGCUGGGGCUUCAGCAUUGUGGGAGGAUACGAAGAAAGUCGAGGUCAACAGCCCUUCUUUAUAAAAACCAUAGUGCCUGGAACACCCGCCUACUUUGAUGGUCGACUAAAGUGCGGUGAUGAAAUUGUGGCUGUAAACGGAGCUACUACAGUGGGCAUGAACAAUUCAUCCUUGAUUCCUAUGCUGAAGCUUCAGAGGAAUAAAGUCACUCUUACUGUUGUAUCCUGGCCCGGCAGCCUUGUAUAACAUCUGACUCUUCUUGCUGUUCCCUGAUGUGACUUUUUUCCCGUUUUGACAAUUUGAUCCAAGGCAAAUGGAUCAACUCCAUAAAGGUGAUAAUCACCGGAUUUAAAACUAAAUAAAAGGAAUAUCUGGAGGUUUUUCUUCCUCCCUCUUUGUGGAAGUGUGCUUACGGAAGAGAAGGUAGUUAAGUACAAUACUCUUAAUCACAUGGACUCUGGAAACUACUUCUACACAAUCAGUUACUCAAGAUGACACAAACAUUUGGUCAGUCUUACAGAAUGAUUAUUUUCAUUGAGAAACUGCAAUAAUUUUCACUUGCAUUUGUUUUAUGAUUGGGAACAUGCACCAGUGCUGUACUAGGGUCUGAAUAGGUGGAUUACAGGAAUGACCAAUACAAAGACACUUUAAAUGAGCUUGGUGUGAACAGUAAUGUUACUGAACAGUAAUGCUGGGUGUGAAUGUUUUUCUGAUACUCUAUAAAAAGAGACCAUACCAAAAUGUUUUGUUAGCAUUUUAAGCCUUUGAUUAAAUAAUGUUCAAUAUUUCUAACUGUUCUUAAGCAUUUUUGUAAACAUCUUUGGUCUUUUUGGUGGCUGUUGCUUGUUGAUGUCUGUAAAACUACGUAGGUCAUGUCUAUUUUGAGUAUCUUGAUUUGACUUGUAUAUGUAUAGAAUCCAACUGCCUUAAUUACUAUGAUACCAAAAAUGCCAUGAUUUUGUUUUUAAUUCAAAUAUAUGCUGGUUUCUGCUUUACUUGCAGUGACAAAUUAGGGCUAUUUCCAAAACUAUAUAUUGAAGGUCUCUGUUUUAAUUUCUGAUUUUUUUCUAGAUAACUAGUCCUUCUAGAUAACCUUUACACAAUCACUCAGCCACAAGUUACUUGUUUUUGAUGGAAAAAUUAUAUUAAAUUUAAAAGAGCA